CGAUCAGGCAGGUGCUGGGGAAGGGCGGUAGGCGCCGUUACUGACCUGCUCUUCCGGCGUCGGUUUCCAGAGGAGACCGCGAAUGGUCUCCAUGGUCGGUUUGCCCAGGUGGAACCGACUAGCGGUCGGGCGGCGGGUGUUCCUUGGUUACGAUCACGGGCGCCGACUUGCGGGAUGCAGUCGAUAGCUGAGCACAAUGGUUGGGAGCGUGGGGCUGGGCAGGGCGACGCAGAACUCUACGGGCGCGUGCACUUGAUCGACAGGUUGCCAGUGGACGUGCGAAGGUUGAAGCGGCGGUUGAGGGCGCAUGCGCGAUGCUUCACGGGGGAGGGGAGUGUCCAUGGGCAGCCUCGGAAUCGCUCACUACGCUUCGGCGAGAGAGCGUCGUGGCCCAAGCGCAGUGACGUUGGCGUUCGCGGGGCAGGCAGACGCAGCCCGCCCGCCACAGGCCACCAGAGACUCUGCGAAAAUUGGUCGCCCUCACCGCCUGCGGCUGCCAAACAUCUUCAAUUGGUGCAGGAUUGCGACUUUGCGUGCAAGCUGCAUAAACAGACAAGCUUGCAACUGGAUAAAGCAACCAUUGGUUGCGGGGCUGAGUUUCUACACAGCUUCCAUUACUUUCCACCAGCCUCGCCCGCGCUAGUCUACUACUUGCAGCUCCUGCGCAUUUCUUCUCCCUCCACCCAACCUUAACCGCCUACAUCAAACGACUUUCACGAACCCGUUGACGACGCUACCUUCUACACGUGUACAACGACCAAUCGCUCCCCUAACCACACACUCCGCGCCUCCAAUAUGUCUACCAUCACCCCCGAAGUCAGACAAGCAGCUCGACCUGCAACCUACCAAGCUCAUCUUCAAGG